UACGUAAUUACUGAAUUGUGUCCACAAAGAAUCAAAUGGCUGAUAAAAACAUCGAAGUAAUCCAUCAGUUUCUUUUGGAUCAUAAUUUUGAGAGUACUGCUGAAGCUUUAGUUCAAGAAGCUUCAAAAAUGGGCUUUCAAACUUUGGAACAUAAAUUAAAAGAAGUAACAGAUCCCUAUGUUCAACUAAUGCUAUGUUACAAUAUCGGAGAUUAUUCGACGUUUUUUCAAUUGUGGAGUAACUUGUUCUCUGAUAGUAUUAAACAAUGUGAAGAAUACAAAAAAUUAACAUUUUAUUUGCACGUAUACUUUGCUGUACUACCUAAACGUAAAUUACAUACCAAUCGAUGUAAAGAAUAUGAUAAAACAAAUAUAAAUGAUCUAUCAUCAGAAACAAAUACACUGAAAUUGUCUUCAAUAGAAAAUGAUCUUUUGGAAAAAUACAAGGAGAACAAUGCCAUUGAAAUUGAAAAAAAUAUAAAUGGCAGCAUGAAACAAUUACAAGAUUAUUUGGGCGGGGAUGGCAAAGAAUUAGAAUAUGAUACAGAAUUACAGCCGUUUUAUGCACUACCGUUUAUAGAAGAUCUAUAUACAAAUACUUGUUUCUCCAAAGUGUUAGAACAACAUUGGGCCGAUGAGCUAUUAAAAAAUCUAGAUUCGUUUAUUACACGUCACAGACAAGAUUUGAGUAAUUUAGACAGUAUGAAUCCCAAUAAAACACAAUUGCAGAAUUUAGUACAAGUUCAUACAACCAUGCCAGCAACAAAAACAAUAGCUAUGGAAUCUGGUGUUGCACAAAAUCAGACUAUAAAGAAUAAUAUACCAAUUGUGCCAAAUGAUAGAGAUCUACCUAUAUUUCUAGAUCACGACGAUGAGCAGUAUAGUUUUUCUAAUAAAACAAGUUUAAAAUCGAAAAGUACACAAACGCAUAUUACUGGAAGUCAAAUUACAAUCAAUAAUUUGCGAGAAGAUGUAAUGAAUCCGGAAGAAAGUGUUAGCAGUUUGUUGAAAAUGCACAAGUCAGACAAAAGAUUGAUUCAAUAUAAUCAUGAAUUAGCAGUAACCAAAUCUCAUUUGUGUAGUAUACAUACAAAUUAUGAAAAACUAAAAGUGAGAUUUCACAAGUUGCACGCGGAUUAUCAUAAACUAAUAGAUGUUGCCGGGGAAUUAACUAUGGCAUUGGAGAAUUCAGUGAAAGGGCAAAAUAUUGAUAUGCAACGAACACUCGAGAUUUGCAUGAAGAUAUUUCCAGAUUUGUUUAAUCAAAAUAUAAGAGAGACUUCGUAUCCGUCCUUGUUACAACUCGACCGUAUUGACGUAAAAACAAUUGCACUGCCUAAACUUGAUGUCACAACAGUACCGGUUUCUCCCAAAUUAUUGGAUUAUAAAAAGAUCAAAUUACAUCUAAUUAACGGAGAUGUAAAGACAAAGUUGUUGCUGUUACAAGCAUUGCGUUGGAAAAUAACGCUCGUGCAAUCAGCAGAACAGGACGAAAUCCUACACGAAUAUAUAAGUCGUGAUUUGUUGGGACUUCACGGACAGAUUGCUAGCGACAACGGCAAAUCGAUUCUACCGUGUCUGUUGACAGCGGGAGAAGCUUACGCCAGGCAUCUUUUGCAACAAUUCACUGCACGAUUGCUAAACACCUUGGCAUCCUUCAGAUGCGGAAGAGAUUACCUAUCGGUUGGAUCCUCUGUCAUAAACGUGACCUUUGCUUGUCUCGACAAUAAUUACGCUGAUGGAGUGGAUCCUUUUGCUUGUGACAUGAUGGUGGCGAUGUUACAAAAAUUAUCUUUACGUAGACAGCAACGAAUAUAUAUGAUAGAGAGUGGACUACUGGAAUGGUUGAUUAAUCAUCUACACGAUAAAUGUCGCAUCAUAAGUUUAUAUAGGCUCGAAUACGCUACUGCACUUUUAAUGAACUUGUCGUUACAUCGGCUAGCACAAGCCAGAGUGUCCAAAAUAUCUUCAUUACUCAUGUCUACCUUAAUCGUUCUUCUCUCAAUAGAUCAUACAUCUUCACUACCGUACAUCAAUGGAGCGCUAAACAAUUUUUUGAACAAUCCCAUAAUCAAUGAGGAAGCAAGAAAAAUUAAGCGUUCAAAUAUAUCGGAAUAUCUUGGUAAUAAUCAGAAAUCUGCGGAAAUAAGAAAGCAUCUAGAUCAUGUAUUGAGGAUACAAAGAUGUGAAAAUGUUAACACACCGCAGAAUGACGAGACCGGAGAUGAUGAUAACGAAGACUUGGAUGUGUUGGAAAGUGAAUUAGAUGAAAACGAUCCAUUGCAAAAUUAUAUUGGCGAAUUGAACGGAGAAACGUUGCUUGCAAUGUGUUACAGCGUUUCUUCGAAAAUUUCUCAAGAGGCUGUAAACACGGAUACGACUCUACAGCAAAUAUCUACGUUGGAUUCUAUCGAUUUUUAUGGCAAUCAACACAAGAACCACGUCUGUAAUAAACAUCCAUCAUAUCCUACGUUAAGGGAUAGCAGUGAAACUGCAGUGACAUCUUCUACAAUUCUUGUACCCGGUCGUGAAAAUGGCCAAACAGAAAUUCAAGAAAAAUUCAGUAGUAUAGCAUCGCUGAAUAGUAAUAACUGUAACAGCAAUGUAAUUAACAAUACUUCAUGGAAAAAUGAUCCAGAACUUGCUAAAGAAGAAGAGGCAUUUUUAGCUAAACCUAAAUUAUCAAGGACUCCUCCAUGA